AUGGGGCGCCCGCCGGUGUUGAUCCAGCGCCCGCCAGGCCCCGCGAGCCAUCUUGCGUGGCUUCGGGUUGUCCGGUGUCCGGCAUCGCUCGCGGGGAGGAGAUGCGCGUAUCCCCAGAGGCGGCCGAUUGCCUGCGCCGCUGCGAGCGCCGCAUCAGGGGAGACCUUUGGGGCGCAAGUUUGCACAGUGCUGGGGACGCAGUGGGGAGAUGAAGGGAAAGGGAAGCUGGUGGACAUCCUUGCCCAGCAGUACGACGUUGUUGCAAGGGCUCAGGGGGGUGCCAAUGCGGGGCACACGAUCUAUGAUCCACAGGGCAACAAAUAUGCCCUGCACCUUGUGCCCUCUGGCAUCCUAAACGAGGAUGCCACAUGUGUAAUCGGCAAUGGCGUCGUGGUGCACUUGCCUGGGCUCUUCGAGGAGCUGGAUUCUCUGAUCAGCAGGGGAGUCAACAUCGAUGGCAGACUGAUUUUGUCCGAUCGAGCACACCUUCUGUUCGACCUUCAUAAAGAGGUGGACGGCCUUCGUGAGGCUGAGCUGGCAGGGAAGAAGAUUGGGACAACGGGGAGGGGCAUCGGGCCUGCAUAUGCAUCAAAAGCCAACAGACUUGGCCUCAGGGUGUGCGAUCUGAAGCAUCUUCCCAGCUUUGGUGAAAAAUUGACCAAGUUGAUGGAUGAUGCCACAAGAAGGUUCGAUGGUGCGCUCAAGAGCAAUGUGGAUGAAGAAGUCGAGAGGUACAAGGGUUUGGCCAAGAGGGCACUGCCGUAUGUGGGAGACACCGUAUCGCUAAUCAACGAUGCAUAUGAGGAUGGGAAGAGGAUACUGAUCGAGGGUGGACAGGCAACAUUGUUGGAUUUGGACUUUGGCACAUACCCAUUUGUGACGUCAUCGAACCCAUCCAUUGGAGGGGUAACAAGCGGACUUGGACUUCCACCUUCAAAGAUCGAAGCACUCAUUGGAGUGGUGAAGGCAUAUACGACGCGUGUUGGAUCGGGCCCAUAUCCCACCGAAAUCAUGGGUCAAUUGGGCGAUGAGCUCAGGCAGAUGGGGGGAGAAUAUGGGACAACUACAGGACGACCGCGAAGAAUCGGAUGGCUGGACAUGGUGGCACUCAGAUAUGUGUGCAGGAUCAAUGGUCUGACACACCUUAACCUCACCAAGCUGGACGUGCUGUCGUCGUUGGAUGUCAUCAAGAUCGGUACAACAUACAAGGCUCCAGACAGCGAGUUCCUCAAUUCUGUCCCCGCUGCUUUGGAAACCCUGGAGAGCAUUGAGGUCGGUUACGAAGAGCUUCCUGGCUGGAAGACCGAUAUUUCAAGCAUUCGUAAGUGGGAUGACCUGCCGGCGAAUGCCCAGAAGUAUGUUGAGAGAAUAGAGGAAUUGGCAGGCGUGCCUGUGCACUGGAUCGGCGUCGGCCCUGGUCGAGACGCUAUGGUUGUUAAGCCAUUGUGA